CGCCCCCUCGGAUCCCUGCCGGCCGUAUCCUUCAAUCUCUCCACCCGCUGCGGUCCGUGGCCUCGAGUUCUCCCCGCGGCUCAGUUCUGCCUCCAGGUCCCGUCCAGCUGGAAUGCAUAGAUCGCCACCCGUCUACGGGGCAGAGGACGUUCCGCAGGCCCGACGCGACUGUUCAUGGGCCCCGGGGCCCGAGCCCGCAGCUGAGCCCCCCGGGCGCGCAGCCGCAGCCGCCGCCGCCGCCGCAGCAGCAGCAGCAGCCUUCCGCGGCUCGAGUCCAGCGCUGACCGCAGCAGCAGCAGCGCCAGCCCGGUCGCCCAGUCCAGCCCCUGGCCCGGGCUUCGCCUUCCGCCAGGGAGCUCCGGGGGCACCCGCUUCCCCGACAAGCCCCGAACCCAGUCCCGAGCCCCGCUAUGGCUACAGCCCACCACCCGGCCGUGCUGAGAGCAAACAGGGCGACGAUUCUCGCAUCCGCCGGCCCAUGAAUGCCUUCAUGGUCUGGGCCAAAGACGAGCGCAAACGAUUGGCGCAACAGAACCCCGACCUGCACAACGCAGUCCUCAGCAAGAUGCUGGGCCAGGCAUGGAAAGCCCUAACCACGGCCGAGAAGCGUCCCUUCGUGGAGGAGGCGGAGCGGCUGCGUAUCCAGCACCUGCAGGAUCACCCCAACUACAAAUACCGCCCCCGGAGGAAGAAGCAAGCCAAGAAGACUCGGCGGCUGGAGCCAAGUCUCCUGCUGCACGGCCUCUCGCAGCCGCCUAACGGCUCCAGCUGCGGCGCUGGCACUGGCGCUGAGGGAUUUGCCGCAACACACUCAGGGGUGCCGGGCCACCAGCAGCCGCCCCCCCUCAAUCACUUCAGAGAACUGCACCCGCUGGGCGCGGAGCUGGACAACUUCGGGCUGCCCACGCCCGAGAUGUCCCCGCUAGACGUGCUAGAGCCCAGCGAGCCAGCCUUCUUCCCGCCGCAUAUGCAGGACGACUGCGGUCUCCUAGGCUUCCGCUCGCCCUAUCCGCCACAGCUGGACUACGCCCCUGAAAAGGCGCUGGCUCGGGACCUGGGGGGCCCCUAUGGGCAACCCCCGGCUCCAGCACACCUGGCAGAGGCCCUAAGGACCGCCCCCCCGCCCCCGCCAGGCCUCUAUUAUAGCCAGUUAUGCGGCCCCUCGGGCCCUGCCGGUCCCCGGGCCAGCGGCCUGUCCCCACAUUUGGGCCAGCUCUCUCCCCCACCUGAGGUACACCACUUGGAUGGCGUGGAACAGCUGAGUUCUGCUGAGCUGUGGACCGACGUGGACCGCAAUGAGUUUGACCAGUAUCUAAACACGAGCCGGACUCGGCCAGAAGUGCCCGGGCUCGCGUACCACGUGUCUCUGGCUAAGCUAACCCCUAGGACCCUGUCCUGCGAGGAGAGCAGUUUGAUAUCUGCGCUGUCUGACGCCAGUAGUGCCGUCUACUACAGCCCCUGCAUUAGUGGUUAACACCAGGUGGGCAGCUGCCUGGGGCCUCUGAUGUCCUGAAGCCUCUCCUGAGCCUGCCUCUUGGAGGCAGCACCCCAGUAUAGCCAGGAGCCAUCAAUACUAUUUAGAGUAACUCAUUAAAACACAUAGCGCUUCUUCUUUCUUUCUUUUUUUUGUAUGUUCUACAGUAACGUUAUACUGCAUACCUAUAUAGUACCAAUGUAUGUCUUCUUUCCAAAGCCAGCGAUAUAAACAACCCUGUACACAUAAAUAUUCACACUGUGUAACAGGCACCAACCUUGUAAAAAGCUAUUACCCAGCCCCAGUGUUUCAAUUCUCUCUCCCAGCAUCACCUAGAGAAGGGGGAACAAGCCAGCCAGGGAUGCCUGACAGCUGUCAUUCACUUAAUAAUUGGCCUGGACAAAUGGGCAAGUAGCUCUUUGCAAGGCCUGUGGUUUUGGAAAAUAUUGGGUCGCUUUGUUUACAGAAGUUGUUUGAUGCCUCACUUCAGGGUCACAAUUUUCUACCACAUUUCUGAAACAUUGUCUACUCCACCAGCAAUAUGUUUUCAUUGACUAUAAGACUUUUUUACUAAACUUUUUUUAUAUAUAUAAUAUGGUAUUUAAUUUUUUAUUAUCAAACUUUUUUUUUUACUGUUUUUCUUUCUGGGGGUGUUCCCCUAGAUCAGAAGCAUUGAUGUAGCAAGGUCGUUUUAUAUUAAGGGGAAAAAGUUGUUUUAAAAAAAUAAACCAAGGAAAAGGAACCUAGCGCAAAAACCUGAUAGCACACAGGGAGUGGAAUAACCUUAGGCUGGCCAGCUGGGCAGGUUAUAGUCCAGUUUCCCUAGAGCAUUAGUAUAGCCUCAGAAGCAAUUUCUCUAUAACAUCUGGAGGAUCCUGCUCCCUUAUUCUCAACAGCCUUCACUGGGGGGCCUGAGCUCCUAAAUAAUUAGGGUCAAGGUCAUGAGAGUGUCCCUGAAUAAACCACCUCAGCCUUUUCUAUA